AUGCCGGUGGCGGGGCGCGUCCCGCGGCGGGGCAGCCCCGCGCCCCCCGCGCCGCCCCGCAGCCGCCGCCGCCGCUCCGCGAUGCCGGCGGCGGGGCGAGGGCAGCCCGCCUCCUGGCUGCUGGUGCUGGGCGCCGCCGCGCCCGCCCUCUGGCUGCGCUGCGUGCUCGCCGACUUCACGGUGGACAACGAGGUGCACUCCAGCUUCAUCCACCGGCGGCUGCGCGGCCCCGAGCGCCGCGAGAUGCAGCGGGAGAUCCUCUCCAUCCUCGGCCUGCCGCACCGCCCGCGGCCGCACCUCCACGGCAAGCACAACUCGGCCCCCAUGUUCAUGCUGGACCUCUACAAUGCCAUGUCCGUGGAGGAGGGGGCGGCGGGGGCCGCCGCCGAGGACGGCGAGGGCUUCUCUUACCCCUACAAGCCCAUCUUCAGCACCCAGGGGCCGCCUCUGGCCAGCCUGCAGGACAGCAACUUCCUCACCGAGGCUGACAUGGUCAUGAGCUUCGUCAACUUGGUGGAGCAUGACAGAGAGUUCCACCACCAGCGCUGCCACUACCGAGAGUUCAGGUUUGAUCUCUCGCGGAUCCCAGAGGGGGAGGCGGUGACGGCGGCCGAGUUCAGGAUUUACAAGGAUUACAUCCGCGAGCGCUUCGACAACGAAACCUUCCAGAUCAGCGUCUACCAGGUCCUGCAGGAGCACCCGGGAAGGGAUUCGGAUUUGUUCCUGCUGGACUCCAGGACGAUCUGGGCUGCAGAGGAAGGGUGGCUGGUGUUCGACAUAACCGCCACCAGCAACCACUGGGUGGUGAACCCCCAGCACAACCUCGGCCUGCAGCUCUCCGUGGAAGGCAUUGAUGGACAAAGCAUCAACCCCAAGCUGGCGGGGCUCAUCGGCAGGCACGGCCCCCAGAACAAGCAGCCCUUCACCGUCGCCUUCUUCAAAGCCACCGAGGUCCAUCUGCGCAGCAUCCGCUCCACGGGGGGCAAGCAGAGGAGCCAGAACAGAUCCAAAACACCAAAGAACCAGGAGGCUUUCCGGGUGUCCAACGUUGCAGAGAACAGCAGCAGUGACCAGAGACAGGCCUGCAAGAAACACGAGCUCUACGUCAGCUUCAGGGACCUGGGGUGGCAGGACUGGAUCAUCGCUCCCGAGGGCUACGCUGCCUAUUACUGUGAAGGAGAAUGUGCUUUCCCCUUGAAUUCCUACAUGAAUGCUACAAACCAUGCCAUUGUACAGACACUGGUUCACUUUAUAAACCCAGAGACUGUGCCGAAACCCUGCUGUGCUCCUACACAACUCAAUGCCAUCUCAGUGCUCUAUUUUGAUGACAGCUCCAAUGUUAUCUUAAAAAAAUACAGGAACAUGGUGGUACGAGCAUGUGGCUGCCACUAGAUUCGUAGGAGAGAGAAGGAAGACGGAAAAAGAAGUUAUUUGUAAAGAGUGGGUUUGUGUGGCUGUGUGGGGGCGGGGGAAAGGUUUGUGCUCCAGCCGUGGGUUUAAAGAAGUCCCAAACCAUUUGAGGACCAGGCCUCUGAAAAUUCAGACAAUGGAACAGUUUCUGGAUCUAAAGAGGCAUUUGAACACAUUUUGUUUUAGUUUAUUACAGACAAUGAGCUUGUAAACUGAAACAAGCCAGAGAAAUGGUUUAAACCCAAAUCUGCUUACAAAAUUGGCUCCUACAGUACAUACUUUUGCAAAUGAGUCUUUCUGGAGAUUGCAAACUCACCAGUGUUGAUUUUGAGUAAAACAGUAAUAAUCUAUCCAAGGUGAGACUGUGCUGUGACUAAUAAGUGUGUGUAGUUCCUGUAACACGGUUUGCAAUAAAAUAAGUGA